AUGUUAUAUAAUAUAGGGACCAUACCAUCAUCAUCAACUUCUCGUUUAUCACGAUGGUUAAUUCAUAAUGUAAGUGGUAAUAGUCUGAUAAUAUGGUCUAGACUAGCUCAUUCAUCAAGUUCCAAAUAUAAGUCUAAAUAUAAAUCUAAACCUAAAUCUAAGGUCAAUGCAAAGGGUAAGGGCAAAAGUAAGAACAAAUACCCACCAAGAAAUAAGUCAAAGGAUGUGGAAACUAAACCAAUACUCCAUAACAAACUUAAUCAAUCAAAUGAACCUUCAAAUAUAUCCCGAUCUACCGAUUCAUUUAAGAAUAUGUCAGUUACAUUCGGCAAAGAUGUCACUAUAAAAGGGAACAUUAAUAAGAUCAUAAAGGAACUAUCAGAUGAAGGUAAGAUGCAAAAGAUUAAAACUAAUGAAGAUCAUUUCGAUAGAAUGAAACGUUUAUUACCUAUACGAGCCAAUCAAAAUAUCAUUAAUCGAACCAUAUCAGUUAAAGACGAUAUCAUUGAAACUUUCUUACCCUUAGAGGUGGAGAAGAUUCCUAAAUUACAUCAUAAUCUCGAUCGAGCCUUGUUUUCACCAGGAGUUCAUUUCUUACAAGAUCCUCGAACUCGAAUAUUUAAUUUCUCCCCAUUUUUAAAAGAUAUCAUUAAUUAUAAUGAAUUUAAUUUCGAUUCUAUAGCUGGAUUCCAACCCGUUUCAAAACAUAUUGAAUUAUUACGCAUGGCAAAACUUUCUAAAAGUCAAUUUUAUUCAUCUACUUCAUCUAUGACAAGUUCAUUAAUGCAAUUUUAUUAUUUAUUAAAUAAUUUCUCCAUCCGGAAUGGGAAGGAAAUUAAUGGAAUCCCAAUGAAUGGAUUAAUGAGUAGAUUACCUUCUAGUUUAAUCAUCACUCCACAAGGUGAAUCAGAUGAUGGAAAUGCCGUCUAUUCCGUUUCAUCGGAUAAAUCGUGUGAUACAGAGAUAUUAUUAUCAGCCAUGGGGAAUUGUUUAGAAGUAUUAUUAACUACAGAUGAAACUCAAUUUCAAAAAUUCACCAAAUCAUAUCAAGAAGAAACCAUCGGCAAAGAGGAGGUUGAGAAUGAGUUGGAAAAUGUCUAUAAUUAUGCCAAAUAUGGAUCUUUCUUAAUGAGAUCACAGAUGGAUUGUUAUGAUUCAAGAUUACCUCGUGGAUCAUUCGAUAUCAAGACUCGAGCCGCCUGUGCGAUCCGAUAUGAUGUUAAUAAUCGAAUUGGAAGUGAUAUGGUGGUGGGAUCACCUGAAUAUGAUGGCAAGGAUAAUCAUUAUCAAAUCUGGAAAUUAAAUGGAGAAUAUGAAUCAUUUGAACGAGAAUUUAAAGAUUUGAUUCGAAGUGGAUCAUUAUUGAAAUAUCUUUUCCAAGCUCGGAUUGGACAAAUGGAUGGGAUAUUCGUGGCAUAUCAUAAUAUAAAAUCAUUCUUUGGAUUUCAAUAUUUAUCAUUGGAGGAAUUAGAUGAAUUAUUUUAUGGAAAGAUUACUUGUCGAGAUGAAACUUUAAGUGAUAAGGAGAAGAAAGAUAAAUUGAUUGAUCAUGAUCAAUUGAAUACGGUAUUGGAUACGAAUGGUGAUGUGAAUUUAUUAGAAUUGAAUGAUAAUUUAUCAAGUUAUAUCGGUGAAAGUCAAUUUAAAAUGUCAAUGAAGAUUUGGGAAGAUUUAUUACAAACCAUAAUCAAAGAUUUAAAAGCCAUGAAAUUACAAAAACAUGAAAAGCAAAUUAAAAAAGGGAAUAAAUCAAGUAGUGAUGAGAAUGAAGGGGUUACUCCAUUUCGAUUAGUCAUGCAAUCUCGAUACGUUGCUAGAUCUAAACAAGUUAAAAUGAGUGUAUCAGUAGUUGAAAUGACGCAUAAUCAAUUGAUUAAACUUGAUGAGAUUCCUCAAUUGUUUAGUACUAGUUUUAAAGAUAUUGAAUUGACUAGUGAAGAGAGAGAAAUGAAUUUAAAUCGUCAUAAAGUUCAUUUACAACGAUUUAAUGAAUCAACUGUGAGAGGUAAGAAUGUAUUAUCAUAUUUAGUUGAAAUUAAUAAAGAAGUUAUAAAUGGUGACAUUAAAGAAUGGAAGAAAGAAGGAGAAGAAGAGAAAGAAUAUAUUCAAAAAGUGAAAUUGGAUGAUGAUUGGAGAAUUCAAUAUAGUAUAAGUCAACGUCCGAAUGAUACUGAUAAACAAAUUCAAAUUAAUCGAGCUAAUUAUUUACGUAAAUUAUCAAUUGCCACUGAUUCGAUUAUAAAUUCACCAGAGAUAAUAAGAAGUAAAUGGAAGAAACAAGAAGAAGGAGGAAGAGAUCAAGAAUCAGAUCAUCAGAAAACAGAUAAACCUAAAUCAAAGGGCUUAACUAGGGAAAAUAUUUUAAAAGCAUAUUCAAAGAUUGGAGAAUCACGAGUUAAACAAUGGUCAGAAAAGGAUUCUCAAAAAGUUGUAUAUAAACCAAAGUAA